AUGGCAUCUAGAAGCAAAGUAUUACUAGUCGGCUCAGGAGGUGUCGGAACGAUGGUGGCGUAUGCGCUAGAGUACUCUGGAAAAGCAGAGGUCACCUCGGUUUUGCGUUCCGAUUAUGAUAAAGUGGUAAAAGAUGGUUUCACUAUCGACUCAUGCGAUUAUGGUCAUAUUGAGUGUUUUAGAACCACAAACAUAGCUAAAAGUGUGAGUGAUGCUUGCGAAAAUCAUGGGCCCUUCGAGUAUGUGGUUCUAGUUACCAAAUGUGUUCCGGACGUGACAAAUAUGGUUGAGAUAAUUGCACCCGCUGUGACUGAGGAGAGUACUGUUGUACUGAUUCAGAAUGGUAUCGGAAUUGAAACGGGUUUCAAGCAAAAGUUUCCGGGACAUACUAUACUGAGCGGCGUGAGUAUGAUCGGCUCUGCUAAUAGAGGAGCUCAAAUAAGUCACGAAGUGUCUGAUUUCGUGAAGAUUGGUGUUUUCUACAAUCCUACUCUGCCAAAAGAAAAACAGGAUGCGGUGUGCAAAAAGUUCAUCGACAUCUACGACAAUGACAAAAUUGAGUGUACAUUUGAUGAGGAUGUCAAAUUCUCAAGAUGGAGAAAACUGGUAUACAAUUCAUGCAUAAAUCCAGUAUCUGCUUUGGUAGACUUGGAUGUGGGCCGCAUAGAGUUAUUUGGCGGUGACGGUGGUCUAAUAGAACAACUAAUGAAUGAGAUUUUAGCCAUUGCAAAGUCAGAUGGUGUCGAUCUACCUGAAGAUGUGAUUGAAUUUAUGAUUAGAUCUGAUGAUCCUAAUUAUUAUAAGCCAUCUAUGCAGGUCGAUGUAGAAAAAGGCAACUACCUGGAAAUUGAGGUCAUAAUUGGCAAUCCUCUGAGAAUUGCGAAGAAAAAUGGAGUAUCCACUCCUGCUCUAUCUGUCAUCUACGAGCUUCUUAAAUUAGUUCAGUGCAGAAUUAAGGAACAGAAAGGUCUAAUAGUGGUACCAAAGGAGAGACCAGUACCUACUUCAGCGUAA